GCUAGAGUUGAGAGGAAGAUUUUGAGAUCUUUAUUGUGUAGAUAGAAAGCUUAGCAUUGAUGAGAGGAAUUACUUUCCAUGCCAACGGUUUACAUCCGUAUCGACUACUAGACUGUGCUGAUAGAUGGCACACACACGCAACUCAGAAAGGACCUUCUACAAUCGGUUAUCAAUUUGAUGGAUUUAUGUGUGAACUCUGCACUCUGACGGUGAAGGGCUCUACUUAAAAAGAGUCCUUGUCCACAAUUCAUUAGAGCUUUUAGAAGAUUUAAGGACAAACCUCACGUGCAUACAAGACUCCAGAUCCAUUCAGAGGCAAUUUUUGAGAUAACAGUAGUGGCGAUAGCAGCCGCGGGAGGAACAACUAAUGUGAAAAGACUAGAAAAAUCAAAACAGCAAUUAAGAAUUAAACUUGACAACGACAGUGCAUAGCUCAUCACCGUGCAGAGAACAAGUAACACCAGAGAAUAGGAGUUGGAACAAGGUGUCCCCAGAUUAGAAGAUUUUCCAACCUGGCCACGAAGUAAAAGUCUGGUGAACCGCAUCAAAGGAGAACAUAGAAUGGAUAUAUUCAAAAUGCAAGCCGAGCGGUAUCUGAAGGACAACUAUUCAGAAGUGCUGACGAUAACCAUCUACCUGACGAUCCUAGGAACAAUAGGGAUAAUUGGAAACGGCAUAGUUAUAUACAUCUAUCUCCUAAAAUUCCCAAAGAAUUCAUCGAAUAUUUUCAUCACGUAUCUAGCAGUGAUAGACUUCCUCAUCUGCCUCAUUAUCAUUCCCUUCACACUGGUAAAGGAAUGGUAUACCGAAAUCACCUCGGACAUCGUUUGCCGAUUAAUGCAGGGCAUCGACGGCAGCAUGAUGCCAAUGUCGAUGUGUAUUCUCAUUGCCAUUGCCGUGGAACGAUUCUGUUUGAUUUAUUUCAUGCCGAGUAUUGUGACAACACCAAAACAGGCUGCCAUUGCUAUUGUUUUCAUCAUAUUUUUUGCAAUUUGUACAGGAAUGCCACUGGCUGUUGCCUCUGGUGUCUAUGUCCUCUAUGAAGCGCCAACAACAGGAAAAUCAACGUACAUCUAUUUCGGAUUCUGUAGCCAUAACUCUAUGUUCAUAAGUAGAAAAGCUCUUAAAACAUACUGGGCGAUUAUGUCAUGUUUCUUUGGAUUGAUGAUGCUGACAAUGAUUAUGCUUUAUUCUGCAAUAUUUGUGUCGGUGUAUCGCCGAAGUUACUUAUUUCACAAAAAAAUGCAACACGCAUCAAAAACUGUAGCAGCUGGGAACAGUUUAGGAACCGCAAGUAAGGAUAAACAAGUAACUGAGCUGACAACAGAUGAGUUUAAAUCAAAGUCACUGAAAUCAGUCGAAAAGGACACAUCACCACCAUUCAUGGCAAGAAAAGUAGCACCAGAGGCAUCACCAACAGAGCGCCAUUUCAAGGAAAUGACACCAGAUAUAACUUCAUCAAUUCGUGGCAGCAUAUCCAAAAGCGAACUUACACUUGAGCAAAAUCGUCCUGAUGGGGAUCUAUUAGGUGACCAGUGUCGAUCAGAAGAAAGUUUCACCAACCACCCCAUCAAGCAAUCCAUCAGUGACAAAUCGAAACAAACUGACACUCAAGUGGACAAUAAGAUAAAUGUGCAUGCGCCUGCACCUAAUGUAGACAAUGCUAUAAGUAGUAACACUGAUGUGCAUGCACAUCAAGGACACAAUACCAGUGAUACGGAUGUGCAAGCAAAUCAAACUCAAAGAGUCAGUACUAUUGGUACCAAUGUGCAUCUACAUGAAGAACACAAUACUAGCGGUGCAGACGUGGAAGCGAGUCAAGGACAGCAUACUGAUGAAACAGAUAUGCAUUCAUUUCAAGAACACACAUGUAAUAGGGAUGUGCAGGCUACCAGUAAAACCAGUGAUAUAGGCCCAAAUCCAGAGAACUUGCUUCGUUCCCAAACCUGUCGCGCAACCAUCACUAUUGACACGAAUGAGGGGGACGUUAUGGCCUUAACAACCAUCAGAAACCAUGACCAGCAAGAAAUCGUGAUCAAGCAACACAAAUCGAUUGUUUGCAGAGAUGAUGGGGUGGCAUCAUCUGAUGCUAUUUCCUCCUCGCCUCCGUAUGUGGAGAAAAUGGAAGCCACAUGCACAGGUCAAGGCGGUGGGGCUGACACCAUUCUUCCAUUCAGCAAGCAAGAUCGGAGCAAUAAAGAACCUGAAAUAAAUGAACAAUCCAGUGGCUCUAAAACGGAUGAGGGCCAAUCUAUUAUGUCAGAAGUUAAACAGAACGGUGAUGCAGGAUCAGGAACCACCACUGUGAAACCAAAUAGGAGGCCACUACCCCUUAUUUUAGAUUCAACAUCUGAAAACAUAUCGGUUAUUUCACUUCUGAGCAGCCAACCACAAAGAGAGACAACCCACUUCGGCAGCAGGCGAUUGUCUGCUACUACAUCUACAACUGCAAGUCGGCCAGCAUCUGGAAUCGCAGCCAACAGCAGGCUAGCAACCGGGCAAAACACAAAAACAAGACCAACUUCUGCAAUGAAGACAAAACUUCCCCAUCUGCUGACGGCGAAAGUGCUGCUCAUUGUCACGGUGACGUUCAUCAUCUCCUAUCUCCCGAUGAUCUUGAUCGUGAAUGGGAUAAUUCCUGAAAACAGAAUCCUUUUUUACAUGUAUUUCAUCAACAACGCCGCGAACCCGAUUAUUUAUUCCUCGAUGAAUAAGAGAUUCCAAGAGAAAUUGAUCGAAGUAUACCACAAAUGCCCAGGAAUACGAAGAGGUAGUCGGAAUGGUAGGCCAUGAUAUCAAUACCUGUGCAAAAACUAAAACACUUUUGAUUGCGGUCAAACUGCGAACAGUAAAUGCUAUCGGCAACUUCUGUAUCUGUAAUAUUUGCACCAGUAGAAUAAUAGUUAUUAUCACCUUAGUAUCACAAUGCACUAGAAGAUGAAGGGUCAGUCAGAAUAUCAUUCAGCUGUGAUAUUUUCACAUAAGUGGCUAAAGGUUAGCUUCCAGUCUCAAUGACAGCAGCUAAAGUGGGAAAUCAUGCGGCUUUCAAAGGCAUUGCAUUAAUUUCUAUGUAAGUAAUUGCUUGGCAUCUGUAACUGCCGAACAAGCAUGUGAUAGAUCAGAAUAAA